GCCCAAGGGCGCAGUACGCCCAUCCCGGCGAGAGGCGGCGUCCCGGAUCUUCCUGUUUUGCAGAAGUACAGCUGGUCGCAAGCGAGCCGUGCUUAUGGCCAUGAGCAGGACCCGUGUCACGCGUCCUCGGCGAAAGGAAAAAAUGGGUGACCUUGUAACAGUAGCCAGGAGCCAGCCAUCGUCCCUGCUACGCUGGCCGCAACAUGCUUGCUUCAUAAGGCGGUAG